CUGACCCCGGAAGCGGAAGUGGUGUGUUGUUGUCUGAGAGAGUUUAGAGACAUGGGAUGCGACGGGGGAACCAUUCCUAAGCGCCAUGAGUUGGUGAAGGGACCCAAGAAGGUGGAAAAGGUUGACAAGAACGCUGAGCUGGUGGCCCGCUGGUAUUACUGCACACUGAGCCAGGAGAAACUGAAAAAGCCCAUUGUGUCCUGUGAACUGGGCAGGCUGUACAAUAAAGAUGCCAUCAUUGAAUUCCUGCUGGACAAAUCUCCAGACAAGCCUCAUGCUGAUACUGCAGCUCACAUCAAGAGCAUCAAGAACAUCAUCGAAUUGAAUCUGAGUGACAAUCCAGUAUGGACCGGGAACAAGGGCAACACCAAAGGAGACAAAUACGAUGAUCAGUGUGCACAGUUUAUCUGCCCAGUUGUUGGACUGGAAAUGAACGGCAAACACAGGUUUUGUGUGCUGAGACAGUGCGGCUGUGUGUUCUCCGAGCGGGCCCUGAAGGAGAUCAAGACCGAUGUCUGUCACAAGUGCGGUGCUGGAUUCCAAGCAGAAGAUCUCAUCCCGCUGAACAGUGAUAAGGAUGAAGUAGAGGAACUCCGGAAGAAGAUGGAAGACAGGAGGUUGAAGGCCAAGAUGGAGAAGAAAUCCAAGAAGUCCAAGGCGGCAGUGAGUGCGGUUUCCAUCGGAGAGACAACGGAAGGAGCUCCGGGACCCUCAAAUGCCACGAAUGGAAACAAAAACGACUCCAAAGAUAAAGCCAGUUCUGUUCCCAACGAUAAAUCAACCACUCUAAUUGUACCUUGUUUCCAUACAGCGGAGUCCAGGGCUUCUGAAAAGAGCUCCGCAUCGUCCAGCCCUGCCACCAAAAGGCCAAACCCGGACGUCAAGUCAGAAACCUACAAAUCCAUCUUCACGUCACACAGCUCGGCUAAGCGCACCAAGGACCAGUCCUCGAAUUGGGUCACCCACACCGCGUACUACUUCUGAACAUAAUGUAGUAAUACCCCCAAUACACAUCGCAUCCCUGU